AUGGUUAUUGAAAUUCCAUUCGUAGCUCCUGGCGGCUUUAAGAUGCCCGCCGCUCCGACAGCUCUUGGACCAGACAGGAGGAGUCUUACGUUCGGACAAGUUGCUCCCAUGUCACCAUCAGCCAUUCCCGACCGGCCAUUCCUCUCCACUGAAGCGCCGACGGCGCCAGAUGCGACGCCCAAUUCCGCCUCCGUUGGGGCACCAGAGUCACAGCCGUCGGAGAAGCCGGACAAGGACAAGAACUCAGCAAUGCCAUCAUUCAUGACAAUGAGCGGAGUGCUGGUGCAGCUGAAGGUCGGACCAGAGGGACAAGACUCUGGCUCACCGGUUGUCUACGGCGCCCACAGAGAUCUACUCGCGCACCAUUCUGGAUACUUCCGGGCUCUCUUCAAAAAGGGGACUGAAGAGAGCGGCGACCUAACGGUCCUGUUGCCGGACAUUAGUCCGAACACCUUCAACAUCUUCCUCGACUGGUUCUACUUCGACCGCUUUCCGUGGCAGCCCCGCGGCGAGCUGACGGCCGCAAUCGAGAACCUGAAUCUAGAGAUCGACCUCGUAGACCUCUACUACAUGGGCGAGAAGUACAACAUCCCCAAGCUCCGCCGCGACGCCAUCAGCGAGUUCUUCUUCCACUUCGCCAAGAACAAUCGCAAGUGCGUCGCCGUCCCUACGAUCAUGCACGCGUUCAGGACCCGCAAACUCGCUGACGGCUCGCCCCUGCAUUCGCUCCUCAUCGACGUCUUUUGCGGCCGCAUGGGAGCCGCCUCGCUCAACGCGCAGCAAGAUGCGCUCCCGAGUGACUUCAUGUUCCGGGUCCUGCUACAACUCCAGCGCACUAUGCCGCCGCUGGGCGAAGUCUUUGGAACGGCGACAGCGGGACACCAUAUCUGUAAGUAUCACGAACACAAGGACACGUCCGACAAGUGCGGACAUGAAGGGACUAUGAUCAGACUUCAUCCGUACAGGACUUUCGUUCUACUUCCACCAGCUUGA